CGACGCUAACAAGUGAUGCGUAAGAAAGGCGUAACUCAAACACUGAACUCGAGUAUAGUUGAGCCUAAUGUGCGAAAUGUAUGCGAAUUAGUAGUGUUUUUGGCAUUUUUGGUGUCAAUAGAAAUGAUUGUCAACUGAAUUGAGUGAGCGAUUAGUUGUGGACUCAUUUGGGAAGCGAUGGACAUGUCUUUACCACGAAAUACAUCACUUCUGGAGAAGUGGUUGGAAGACAUGCCUAACAGUAAUAGUGACGUGAAUGUGAAGAAAGAGCGCAAAGACGUGUUCCGAGACUUCUUCGCCUCAAAUGUGACCACAAAUACAAACAGCGCUUUGAAUGGACUGUCGAUGAAUGCAAUGCAAAGCAAUACCACUUCAGGACUCAAUCACAACAACAACAACAACAACAACACCGCCGCCAAUGAGACUAAGACAAAGAGUGACGAAAGCGAUGACAAGUCGUCAACAGUGGACUCGUCGAGUGUGGACGGAGUCUUCGGGUGGCAGACAGUGAACGAUAUACCGCUUCCGGUGAUUCUGCGCGAAGACGAACGACUGGUGGCCGUCAGGAUUGUCGAGUCGAAGGUGAUCGCGAAGUUCAGCUCAUUCUUGCCGUGGAAUGUCUUCUCGUGUAUAAACAUAAAGAGCUAUUAUAUGACCGAAAAUGAGGCCAAACUUCUGAAUGAUAUCAAUGUAAACCAUUGCGAGUAUCAGUUCGGUUGCGAUCCCUUCACCACCAAAGACGUGGUCGUCUGUCUCCCAGACGUCAACACAUUGUAUAAGUUUUUGAAUACGAGUAAAGAUAUCUUUCACUUCGGACUCUCAAAGAGUGGUAUCGAUUGGUUGGGUUUCAUCAACAUUUCGGGCUCUCAUAUAAUCCCAUACAUCGCCAAAAAGGCCAACAAUGCAAAGGGUGUCCAGAAAUAUGUGCCGCAAUCACUGGUCCAGCAAACGGUUCUGUUAGUGAAAGUGGAAAAAGCAGAAAUGACUGAAUGGGACGCCUCUUACCUGCGAAUGCUGUGCGCUUACGCGGCUCUCGAGCACAUCCACAUCCAGUCCAAUGACUCCCUGUGUCUCUUGAAUGACCUCAAAUGGGAUCCAUCGCUGUGUCCGCUGCACAUCGAAGAGUGCAGUCCUCCCAACUCGAAGCUCAUUCACCAUAAAUACAAUGUCAACAAAGACUACUCGUUCUCAAGCGCGCCUCAGGUGUCCGCGCGGACCAGCGCUCCGGCGAUGGACGAGUCCAACAAUUGGCUGAUGGCAUCGCAGGCCAGCACUUCAUCCAACGCUUUGAGAUCUUUACAUCAGAUCACAAGAGCCGACAUAAACGGCUUCGCAUUGAAGGCGAUUAACUUAAAGCCCUAUUCCACACAACAGGCGGUGUUUGUGAGCGAUGUUGUGACCAAAAUGUUUAGAGGCGUCUCUAUUCUCACCGCUCACUACAUA